AUGAAAAAGGAAGAAUUCCGUUGUAAAUAUUGUUUGGGAGACGGCAAGGUGUCUAGUAGCAGUACCGAUGUGCUGCUCUUGCAUAAAGAAAUUGAUUGCCUUACACGAGAAAAGCAAUUGCUAGAAAAGUAUGUGAGUGAACUAGAAUUUUCUAAUACUAUUUUGAAAUCUAAAACGCCUGCUGUUUCCUCUACACUGAAUUCGGCUGUUGGUUUUUUUCCGAACUCGUCGUUGGUAAACACAUACUCGCAAGCAGCAAAAAAAGUCUCGCCAUCAGCUGUGCUGGUUAUUAAACCCACUGACAUAAACAUGGGGAACGCAAAAUUGGAGCAGGAGCUGAAGUCUAAAUUCAGGCCGAGUCAACUAAAUGCGAAUGUUACUGGUACUAGACUCAUUAGGGAUGGCGUGCUAGUCAACUGUGCUGAUGUCAAGUCGCUUCAAAAUUUGAAAGAUGGUCUCAAGAGGCAAGCUGGAAAUGCAUUUAAUGUAGUGUGA